AGCCGCUCAGCUGGUCACAAGGCUGCCAGGAGAGGCUCAGACCCCUGCUCUAACAAAAACACACACUCACACCCGCACUCUCACACGUUCACAUGCCCCUGUCUCUCCAGAUCCCUCUCUGUCUCUCCUGCUCUCGCACACACUAAAGAGAAAGAGAGAAGUAUUGGGGAGAGCUGACAGCCCUCAGGACUGGGCUGUGGUAUCACUGGACCUGUGUGUGUGUGAGUGAGUGUGCGUCUGUGUGUUAUUUGUUAUGCUGCUGUUGAUGUCCGACUGGAUGCUGAUUUAGCUGUACGGCUCGGCCCCUUCCGUCUGUCUGGAUUUGCUUCAGAGCAAGGACAGCAGCAACAUGGGAUCGGUGAUGUAUGAGAUCAUGCAGCAGGAGAUCAGGCCCCUGCUGGCCAUGGACAUCAUAGAGCAGCUCCAUCGCCAAUUUGCCUUGCUCUCAGGAGGGCGAGGCAAAGAUGGUGCCCCCAUCAUCACCUUCCCAGAAUACUCAGGCUUCAGUGAAGUGCCAGAGGAAGACUUCCAUAAUGUAGUUACUUACCUGACCAGCAUCCCCAGUUUGGAUGCUGCCAGUAUCGGCUUCAUCAUCAUCAUCGACCGGCGGAAGGACAAAUGGAGCUCAGUAAAGGCCUCUCUGUCAAGGAUCGCUGGAGCAUUUCCAGGAAACCUGCAGCUGGUGCUGGUGCUGCGACCCACCAGGUUCUUCCAAAGGGCCAUAGCAGACAUCGGGAUCAAGCUGCACAAGGAUGAUUUUAAAAUGAAGAUUGUGAUGCUGAACUCUCUGACGGACCUACAAGGUUAUGUUGAAAAAGGCCAGCUGACCCGGGAGCUCGGAGGAAACCUGGAAUACUGUCACAGUCAGUGGAUACAUCACCGAACUGCCAUAGAGAACUUUGCAAUGACGGUGAAAACCACAGCCCAGAUGUUACAGAGGUUUGGGACAGACCUGGCAGAAACAGAGCUGCCCAAUGACGUCCAGUGCACCAAAGAUCUGCUCACAGCGCACACGGACAAACACGGCAACCUCAAGGAUGAACUGAAGCUAGGUUUGAAGCAAGGCACCACCUUGUUGGGUUGUAUCAAGGAACAGGCAGCAAAGUCAGAGAAUCACAAACUGAACCCAGACGAGAUGGAGAACCAGACCACCGUGGAGAGGCUCCUUGCCCAGCUGGACGAGACUGAGAACGCUUUUGAACAGUUCUGGUGUAAACACCACCUAAAACUGGAGCAGUGCCUGCAGCUACGCCACUUUGAACAGGACUUCAGAGAGGUCAAAGUGUCUCUGGACAGUUUAAGGGAAAGUUUGACCAGCCUCUCAGUUAUCGAGGAUUGUCUGGCCAGAGUUGAACACCUGCUAAAAGAACUGAAAACAUUGGAGGAGAAGGCUCAGCCUACACUAGAAAAGGCCCAGCUCCAUGCGCUGCACGGUGACCAGCUGAUCCAGAGCAACCACUACGCCGUGGACUCCAUUCGACCCAAAUGUGUAGAGCUGCGGCGCGUCUGUGAUGACUUCAGCAACGUGGCCAAGGAAAAGACGGAUGUCUUAUCCAAAAGCUUGCAGAUACACAUGGGCAUUGAAAAGGUAAACCAGUGGUGUGAGUCUGGCAUCUACCUGCUAGCCUCCCAGGCUGUGGAUAAGUGUCAGUCACAGGAAGGGGCAGAGUCGGCGCUCACCGACAUCCAAGGCUUCUUGGUAUCAGCCGAAAAGAACCAGCUGACUGAACUGAGGAACCUCCAUAACCAGUAUGAGGUGUUGCUGUCUGAGGAUAUCAAGACAAGUGUCCUGAAAGCACUGAAGCGCCUGGAAGAUGUCCAAGAAAUGUUUGAGAAGCGUCAGAUCAGCCUGAAGAGACUGUCAGCUAAACAGACGAGGCCCGUCCAGCCCGUGGCCCCGCGGCCUGAGUCGUCUCCCAAACGGCCCCCACUGAAGAACCCCACCAGGACUACAGGGAACCAACAGCCCCUGGCUCGCAGAGUAUCGGAUAACUCAAACAGCAGCAAGCAGCCAGCCGAAGCUGAUCCUAACAAGAAGAAGAUCAUACGCAAGGCCAGGGGAGGCAUCAAGAUUGAGGUGAUGCAUGAGGAAAGCCAAGGAGGUUCCACCCACGUCGUGUUAACGAACGAGACAGAGGAAAGUUUGUCUAACAGACGCAGACACAUAAUGACUGAGCUCAUUGAAACAGAGAGGCUAUAUGUUGAGGAACUGCAAAGCAUCAUGGAGGGUUAUUUUGCAGAGCUAGAUAACUCUGAGCUCAGCCACCUCACACCACCCUCCCUGGAGAACAAAAGAGAUGUGCUGUUUGGCAACCUGCCAGAGAUAUAUGAAUUUCACAACAGGACAUUUCUGAAAGAGCUGGAGAACAGCAUAGAGAAACCAGAGCUGGUUGGAACCUGCUUUCUGAAAAGGAAAGAAGAGCUCCAGGUGUAUCAGAAGUACUGUCAGAACAAACCCCGCUCUGAAGUUCUCUGGAGACAGUGUGGAGACAGUCUCUUCUUUCAGGAAUGCCAGAAGAAACUGGACCACAAACUCUCCCUGGAUGCCUACUUGCUAAAGCCUGUCCAGAGGAUCACCAAAUACCAACUCAUGCUCAAGGAGAUGUUGAAAUGCAGUAAAAGUGAGGGCAUGGCUGAGCUGGAGGAAGCUUUAGCGACCAUGUUGGAUAUCAUCAAGUCUGUCAACGACUCCAUGCACCAGAUAGCCAUCACAGGCUUCGAGGGAAACCUGAGUGAGCUGGGGAAGCUGCUUAUGCAGGGAUCUUUCAAUGUGUGGACUGACCACAAGAGAGGCCACAGCAAGGUGAAGGACCUGGCCAGGUUUAAGCCCAUGCAGAGGCACCUUUUCCUGUACGACAAGAUGCUGCUGUUUUGUAAGAAGCGAGAGGAGACCAUCGAUGGCCAUGAUAAGACCCCAUCCUACAGCUUCAAACACUCACUCAAGAUGAGCGCUGUGGGCAUCACAGAGAACGUCAAAGGAGACAUCAAGAAGUUUGAGGUGUGGUACAACGGCAGAGAGGAGGUUUACAUCAUCCAGGCUCCUUCCAUGGAUGUUAAAAAUAUGUGGGUGUCAGAGAUUCGCAAAGUUCUUACCGGCCAGCUGGAGGCAUGUAGAGAGGCAAGCCAGCUCAACAUCUAUGGAGUUCCAAUGAGCAGGAGUGUGCGGAAGCUUGCGCUGAGACAGUCUGAUUCAUCCAGUCCAGAGUCCGGUUUCAGGAGGAGCAACCCCAGCCCAAACAUGAGACAGAAGAGAGGCUGGACACAGCGGCGUCUCCCUUCCAUGGACACAGAGGACUUUGAGACGAUCCCCUCCAGUGCAGAGGAAUCCUCCAACUCUUCAGAAGAGGAAGGCAGCAAUAAAAAUGGUGACAGCAGUCGUUUCCGGGUGCAGUUGACUUAUGAGUCUAAAGAAGCACGGGAAGUCCCUCUGGAGACCGCUGACCUGGUCCAGUUUCUGGAGGAAGCGGAGAACGGACACUGGCUAGUGAAGAACCUUUUAACAGAUGAGACAGUGCUGGCUCCUUCAAGUACACUGCACACAGCACCUGAACGAGAUAUCUUCAGUGAACUGUGUACAGCAGCAUUCUGCGACUCAGAUGAAAAUGAAGCCAGUACGUAUGGAACUGUGUCUCAGGACAGCAGCUAAACAUGGCUGACUAUUGUUGUUCAUUACGCUGGAUGACAAACAUUUUGAUGUAUCACAAACAUGACUGAUAACUCUAUAACUACAGUUUUUAAACUGUAAUUUCUUAAGCUGGACUUGAAAUGUCAAUGACUAUUAGUUUUUUUCAAACACGUAGUCUACAAAUAUGGCCUGUUGUCGUUUCUAAACCAACGUCUUUCAAGCUUCUCAGCUAAGUGUCCAAAAAUCUGGAACCGUAACAGACCUGAAUGUGACCACGUGGAAGCCAUACAAGUAUUUUAGCUCAACCAGCUGUUGUCUCUGGGGCCUGAAGACUGACGGACAUGGACACUGAAAUUUACAUCCAAAUGUGGAUGAAUUCUGAUUCAAUACUGUAGAAAAAAUACAGUGGCUGGGCUGGAUACCUGAAGUGUCAGAUUCAAUUUUUGACCUUUAUAACAACAGAUAACAUUAUCACCUCCAUGUGCUGGUUGUGAGGAGGCCUUGGCAUGAUGCCCUGUUUUGCUGCUACACUGCGCUCAUGCAAAUCUCUCAGAGACCAGGUUCUGCCUUUGCUGCCUCGCUUCAUCUGCUUCAUCAGACCCUCCACAGCAGCUGCAGUCUCCAGAAGAAACUACAAGUUGUCCUGCUUGCCUUAUUUCACUAGAUAGUCCCUAGUAGAUAUAUUGCAUUAAGUUACAUCAGAUGUUGUAUAUUAUCUCAACGCACCCUAUCUCACACCCUGUACAUUUUCAAAUGAUCUAUAUAAAUUGCUCAAGGAAGUUGAAAGAUAUCACCAUUUUAUAUAGGCAUUUACAAUCCAGAUAUUCCUCUUGGUUCACUAUGUCUGGAGAGAACUUGUAUUAUAUCCUGUUUGUUUGUUUUUAGACAUUCUGGGUCAAAACUGUCUUAUAAAGUUGACCAUGCUAUCAUGUUAGCACAUACUUGAUUAGACAUCAAGCAGAUAUGGGGUUACAUUGGAAUUCAUUUCGUUCUGGCAACCUGACUAAUGUAAAUCACAUGUGAACUUUCUUGCUGUGUUUUAGUCUAUACACAGCUGUUGAAAAAUAAAAAUCUAUGUAUUUUCUCUGUAGAGACAUAAACUAGUCCCUAACUUUGUUUAUCUGCCUUCUGGUGCCAAGCAAGGUAAUGUGAUGUUUGAGGACAGCUUGCCCAAAGCAUCCAGAGACAAGGUUGAUGAGAGCGGACCCACCAAAACAACCAAAACAAUGAGCUAAAAUUGGCUAUAAUGAUACACAGUCAUUUAACUCACUGUUUAGUCAAAUGUAUUGAUUGGUGCAGCUUGCUACAGUCUAUCAAAGGUGCAUCAAUUGAAAAAUGUAAUUUCCUUUACUAGCCAAUGAGAGCUAAAUUACGUUGCAGCAGAAAUAAAUUCAUCAUAAUGUGUUUUCCAGUUUAUCUUUACACAUAUAUGGUGAAUCACAGACGGAAAAAGCCAAAUGGCUUUUGAUGAAUUAAGCAUAACUGCAGAACAUCAAUUCUGAAGAUGGAUUGGGUGUUUUCAUAAAUCAUGUGUCAGGAAACCGAUUGAUUUCUCUGACAUUUUAUUCUACAUGGACUCAUCUGCACAUAAUGGGGGGUUUCACUUUUUAAGCACAUACUCGGCUGUAUGUUGUGAGAAACAUAUGGAAAUGUUUGGCUGUUGCCUCCAAGUGAUUUUUCAGGGAAAUGCUUUUCUGUUUGCAAACAGUACCCGGGUUGUUUCCUUACAUCAGCAGGGGAAAUAGCACUGCACACUGAUUGCCAGGAGGGCAUUGUAGUAAAUGUGUGAAGAUCAACUUGUACAACUACUGUAUCAUUGUCAGAGGCUUUACAAUAUUGUGUUUCUACUGAUGGACAGAAUUGUGCAGACUAUUCACUGAUAAAUCCACAACAGCACUAUGCACUGUAUUCACAAACAGAUGAAGCACGACAUGUUGCAGGAAGGAGCCCUAAGGUUUCAUAUGUGUAAACGUGUAGAUGACACCUGCUUCGAUUUGCAGACUGUAAGUUAUUAGAAAAAAAAGAAAGAGGAAACUGAGAGGAUUUAAAAAAGGAAUAAAAUUCACCUAGUGAUGGAUACAUGUCAGAAUGUAAGACUUAGUUACUCUGGAAGAAAGUUACAGUUAAGUCUUUGAAGACAAGUCAGAGUCGAAAUUACCCUGACCUUUAUAAGCAAGUAAAGAUGGAUGGAUGGAUGGAUGGGUUAUCGACUUGAAAGGUGGAUUAUGGAUGGAUGGAUGCAUUUGUGGAUGGAGGUAUGGAUGUAUCAAUGGUGGGUGGGUUUAUGGAUUGAUGGUUGAAUACCUCGGUAGACUUGUGUUUGGAAGGACAGAUGGAUGGAUCAAAAGAAAGACAGCAAUUUAAAGAUUUUAAUAUACCCCGGUUACCAGAGGGCAGAAAUUGAUUACACUUCAUACACAUUAAUAUUAGUCCCGUUGUAAAGUCAUACUCUCUUGAACAUGCUGUAUAUUAUCGUCAACCUGCGUUUAUUGAAAAAUGCUGUAUCUUUGUAAAGAAAAUAUUUCAGUUGAAAUGCAUCCUGCAAUUGAAUGGCCAUUAAACAAAACUAUAGAAUGUAUUAAA